UGCUCGGACGCGCGGCUGCGUCACGGCUCCGCCCCGCCGAGGUGAUCCCCGGGUUUAAAAGCGCACAAGUUCAGUGCGCGCCGGAGCAGUGCGUCACGGCGACCCAGCAGUGGCAGGAUCCCCCAACAGAGCCGGGUUCUCUCAGCGCGAACACCGCGUCCUGGUCCGGCUCGGGCUCUCAUUCCGCCUCUUUAAGACUGUUUUGGAUACUUUUGUUUAAAAAAAACAAAAAAAAAUCGACAGAGAAGCUGCUGUUUGUUUUUUGUGCCUGCUGGCUGCGGUGACAGGACCGUGCGCAACAGCUGGGGAAUAUACACACUCCGCUAUAUGGAUCAGGAAUCAUCUGCAGCUGCGCUCACACUUUGAUCUCAGACGGUGGACAAAAUGAAAUCAGCUGAGGAGGACGCGUAUGGCUACACGCCAAAUGUCAGCCUCUCCCUCCCACUGGGCAACCCUUGUCUUCCCUCCCAGUACCACAGCCUCCAGUCCAGCCCCUCCAUAUCUGUGUCUGUCAGCGAGCCUCACAGCUACGACUCGCAGGACGACAUGAGAGCCGCCGGCUACUACCCGUCCUCGGGCGUCCGGCCGAACGGGGCGCCGACCCUGGAGAGCCCCCGGAUCGAGAUCACGGCCUACGGUCAGUUUCCUGAGGACGAGGUGGAGGAGAGCAGCCUCCCCGUUGCCAAGCGAGUCAACUCCAUCGUGACGCUGACGCUGCCCAGUGCCGAUGGUUACCGUGACCCGAGCUGCCUGAGUCCAGCCAGCAGCGUUUCCUCUCGCAGCGGCCUCUCUGACGCCUCCUCCUACGAGUCGAGCUUCUCCUACAACUACGACAACUCGCCCCAGAACUCCCCCUGGCAGUCUCCCUCCGUGUCCCCCAAGGGCUCCACCCUCGCCCUGCCUGGGGAUGGCUGCGCCUCGGGGGGCUCGCCUCGCCACUCCCCGUCCACUUCCCCUCGCACCAGCGUUACCGAUGACACUUGGAUUGGUCAGCGUGGCUCCAGGCCCAACUCCCCUUGCGGCGCGAAGAGGAAGUACAGCUUCAACGGCAGCGGAGCGACCCACAAACACUUCCCGUACUCGCCCAACCACUCGCCCGGACCGUCCCCGCAGACCUCCCCUCGCCUCAGCGUCACAGAAGAGACCUGGCUGCCAAACACCAACCAGUACACCAACUCGGCCAUCCUGGCAGCCAUCAACGCCCUGACCACAGACGGAGUCACUGACCUCGGGGAGGGAAUCCCCAUGAAGGCCCGAAAAACCAGCAUGGAACACAGCACCACGGUCAGCCUGAAGGUGGAGCCCGGAGGCGAGGAGCUGAGUCCCGGGGAGCUCUGUCAGGAUGAACACCCCGCAAACCGCCUUCCCCUGAAGAAGGAGGGCUACUGUGGGGGGUUUCUGGACGUCCCGCAACACCCGUACUCCUGGUCGAAGCCGAAGCAGUAUGUCAGCCCGUCGUUGCCAGCUCUCGACUGGCAGCUGCCGUCCAGCUCGGGUCCGUACAGCCUGCAGAUCGAAGUGCAGCCCAAGUCGCACCACCGAGCCCACUAUGAGACGGAGGGCAGCCGGGGAGCCGUGAAGGCGCUGGCGGGAGGACACCCGGUCGUCCAGCUCCACGGCUACAUGGAGAGCGAACCUCUGACCCUGCAGCUCUUCAUCGGGACGGCCGACGACCGGCUGCUGAGGCCUCACGCCUUCUACCAGGUCCACCGCAUCACCGGCAAGACGGUGUCGACGCCGAGCCACGAGGCGCUGCACAACAACACCAAGGUGCUGGAGAUCCCGCUGCUGCCCGAGAACAACAUGAGGGCCAUAAUCGACUGCGCGGGAAUCCUGAAGCUGCGUAACUCGGACAUCGAGCUGAGGAAAGGGGAAACCGACAUCGGACGCAAGAACACGCGCGUCAGGAUGGUGUUCAGGGUCCACAUCAACCAGGCGACGGGCCGGACGGUGUCGCUGCAGGUCGCCUCCAACCCCAUCGAGUGCUCCCAGAGAUCGGCCCAGGAGCUGCCGCUGGUGGACAAGCAGAGCCUGGAGACGUGUCCGGCCGCCGGGGGCGAGAGGAUGCUCCUGGACGGACACAACUUCCAGCACGACUCCAAGGUGGUGUUCGUGGAAAAGGCUCAAGACGGCCACCACCUCUGGGAGACGGAGGCCAAGGUCGAGAGAGACGCCUCCAAGCCCAACUCGCUCCUGGUGGAAGUCCCUCCCUACCGGAACCAAAGGCUCUCCACUCCCGUCCACGUCAACUUCUACGUCUGCAACGGCAAAAGGAAAAGAAGCCAGUACCAGCGCUUCACCUACGUCCCUGCCAGCGUUCCGACAAUAAAGACGGAGCCUCACGACGACUACGACGCCCCUCUGGUGUGCACCGGCUCCGGCCUGGCGCUGCACCCCAAGCCCUUCUACCCGCCGCCGGUCGUGACCCCCAUGAUGCCCUCCGAGCUGCGGGCGUGCGUCGGCCCGUUCUCCGUCGGCCAGCAGCGACUGCCGGCCAAACCGUCCUCCAGUCCGAGCGCCAGCCCCAAGCUGCACGACCUCUCGCCGCCGCCCUUCUCCAAGUGCCUCCCCUCGGGCCCGGUGCUCCCCCAGUCGCCCGCCCCCCACGUCUCCAUCAUCCAGGAGGCCCCGGGGCGCUACCAGCCGCCGGGCCUGUACCCGCCCAGCAGCUCCUCGUCCUCCCCGACCUCGCAGCCGUCCACCCCGACCGACGCCCCCUUCUCCCCGACCCACUGCCUGACCCCGGCCCAGCCCGGCAGCUCCAGCCCCGGGGCCCAGCAGCACCCCAAGGCGGCGGAGAGGGGUCGGUCCUCGCCGCCGACGCUCGCCGUCAGCAUCAAACAGGAGCCGCAGGAGCUGGACCAGAUGUACCUGGAUGACGUCAACGAGAUCAUCAGGAACGACCUGUCGAGCAUCUCCGUCCACAGCCAUGCGUAGUGCCGCCUCCCAGGACCUCCACCAACAAAGGGAAGCACCAAACAGACUUUGCUCCACAUGCUCGGACUUCAGCAUGCCGGCAGCAGCGACGGGAAUCAGCAUCUCCGACCAGGGUCCAACGCGUGCCUUGUUUUCAUAUUUACCGCCUUUACGUAGAAUAAACUGACUUUUUAAGACGUGUAAAUUAAGUAUGUAGCAACCGAACCUGCCCUGACAACAAAAGUGUGCUUUUAGAGGACCAACAUCUGUGUUUGUUUUUGUUUGUUUGUUUGUUUGUUUUUAUGUCUUUCUUGCUGCAAUUUUGUAAAUCAGUGCCUCUGAAUUAUGGGAUUUGUAUAUACAGUCUGUGCAGCGCUUCGGUUCGCAUAUCUGGCUUUUUACAGAGAGACGGUUUUAAAAAGAAAAGUGCCUUUUUGACUGGAAACAGUUUGGCUUCACCACCUCAAAAAGUUUGGAUGUUUUAAGUUGAGCUGAUAGAAACAAGAAGUGACAAUCGCGACAUGAUGCCAAAACUAAAAAAAACACCUUUAGCCGACGUUAGCCGUCGAAGGGUUCAGGUGAGGUCGAAGCAACAAAAAGCUCUGAAUGUAUUAAUGUGUUUAUUUCUUGUUAGUUAACAUUUGUAAGAUAGUCUUCUUCUUUCCAAACCAACAGUCAAAAGAUUGAACUGUUUUUGUUUUCACCGCCAACAAUAAGCACUUAGCCGCUAAGCUAGCGGCGCUGUCCCGUUAAAGAGCCCGUCUUCUGCACUCGUUCAGGUUGUUAGUUUUAUUUUUUGGGUUCUAUCAGAGAAUGUUUACAAGCUUAAAUGUGCAAAACAAAAGAAAAAAAACAAAAAACAUUAUUUUUCUAAUAAUACUGUUCUUUGCUGCAGUUUGAAACGCUCCAUUUUUGGUCACUGUCUCUUUAAGAAGCCCCUCCCCAAAGCAAGCCUGCUCUGCUCUGAUUGGUCAGUUGGAUUUUUGAAAUCGAGGAAGCGUCAGUUACGUUAUUUUCAGAUUUAUGUCUGCAUUUUAAACCACCUCCUUCAUCAGCAGAACAUACAAAUGUCGUAUUGAAGGCGCAAAAAAAGAGAAAUUUUGCAUUUUGUUGAAAAUACACAAAUAUUGUGGUGAUUUUUGAAAAACUUCAGUUUAGAUUAAACACAAUGCAAUGCUAAAACACCAACUUGUGGAGCUUCAGAACAACUUUACAAACUUUUACAAACAGAGAAAUUCUUAGCUAGCUAAAGUUGUAAACUGUGAUUAUUACAUUAAUUUAGAUAAAAUUUGAUUUUAAGGGCUAAAAUCAUUAUUAUGACUUGUGUUACUGUUUGAGUGAAAUGACACAAGAAAUUAGACAAUUUUUUAUGUAUUUUAUUGAAAUUUUGAAGCUUUUGAAUAUAGUCAAACGCUCACAAUGUGACAAAACAUGUACGUUACAAUCUAAAUAGUCAGUAAGUUUAUGAUACGUUACACUUUAAAAGCAACAGAAAUAUCAUGAAAUCAGCUUAAACUCAGUAAAUCUGCCGUUAAACAUCAGACAUUCACGUAGAUGUGCAUCAAAAUUGGAUGUUACACAUUAGCAUUGUUAGCCUCUGUUAGCUAUAAAUCGGCUAAUCCUGCCGUAGCAUGCUGCAAAAUAAUACGAUUUCAUGGUUGAAUACGACCUUCAGAGCAGUUCUACUAAAAAAGAAAAUGUCAGACUGCAAGGAAAUUUUUCAUUUUUUGUUUUGGAGCCAAACUAGCUGUUAGCUGGUGUUAUGCAAAUGAGAUACGCGAUGAUGUCGACAGGUGACGUAGGAAAAGCUUGGACUUAAAAUGAAGCGUUUCAGGAAAAAAAGGAGGAAGUUAAUUUGUUUUUUCACUGACUUUGGAGCUUUAACCUGCACAAAAAGCAGCUAUAACAUCGGAAGAAAAGGGAAAAGCCCCCAAAAAAGCAGAAUAUGGGCUCUUUAAGGCGACAGUUUAAAGUCACGCAGGGGGUUUCUAGACACGUUUCCCAACAUGACGUCUUUCUGGAGCGAUUUUCUAAAUAAAAAAACAAAAAAACAAAAGCUGACUUGAAAGCAACGUUAGAGCGAUUUAUCAGAGAAGGAAUCAUCUCAGUUUGGACGAAGCUUGACUUUUAUCGAAGCUAUGCAACAUGCAGCUGGAACCCAAAGAAACUUCACAGCAAUACGGAUAUAUACGUUUUUGUUUUUUAAUAUUUGUUUUUGUAUUUUCGUAUUUAUUCUCUUUUAGCAUGUGCUCCGUUUACUCGUGUUUAUCAUACGGCUUCUUUUUACAGACUGUGGUUUUUAUGUACUAAUUUGUUUUUCUGCUCUUAUUAAAAAAAAAAAAGAAAUAAUAAGCGAACGGGCUUAAACGCACCUUGUUCCCGGUUUUCUAUGUAUUUAUGAGUCUUAAUCCGCGUAACUGAAGAGCAGGAGAGAAGUCGACCCAGUCAGACGCUCCUAACUCUGCUUUCUGGUAUAUUUUGUGUAUUUGUCAAUAAAUAUGCCUUCAUCUCUGGA